AUGCAGCUGGAGCAACUCGAUGAGGUCAAAGCCAAACUUCGCGAGUAUCGCUCGGCAGCCUUGGAGGCACGUCAGCGUGGGCAAGAGUUUCUGGAGGGCCUUCAUAUGGCCACAGAGGAUCGUGUUGUGCCACUAUGGAAGAUGACAAGCAGACGAUGUGGCGUUAGCUCCAUUGAGAAAUGA